AUUGGCUUUAAACCGAUCCUAUGAUAAGAGGCUUGUGCUCGAGAACCAAAUUAAUACCAGGGCUCAUGGGCACUAUCGCAACGAGGAAACUCCAACGUUUGAAGAAACAGAAUUAGAUAGAUUUAACGAUUCUGAAAAAGAGUUGAUGGAUUUAUUGCUAGCUGAAAUACUUUCAUAACCCUUAUUUAAUAUCGUUAGGGUAGCGAUCAACUAAUAUUUUAGAAACAGCUUUAGCAACUUCCACACCGGUUUUUAUUUUUAACGGUAAUGUCCAGGCAAAUUUUGUAAAACAGACGAUGAUACAUAGAAUAUACUUGAAACCUUUAUUUUAUUUUGAGUACGGAAUCAUUUCAACCAAGUCGGCCUGCCACAAGUCGUUUUUUCUAUAUACAUUGACCGCAUGUUUUACCGCAUCCAGAGGGUCCUACUAUAAGCGCACGUAUAGUAUUCGGUAAAAGUAUUCCAUGCCUCGAUUCUUGCAAUGUCGAGGUAUAACGAACAACGUUAUCGACGGUGAGUUUAACCUCAUGAUUUAUGAAUCGCAUUUUCGAUAUAAAUAUCUGUGCAAAACUAGAAUCAACGUCAAUACACGAUGUCAACUAUUCGAUGAAAAAAACAAGAAUAAGGUGAGCGGUCUUAUCAACUCGCUUAUAAACAAAAUUCCAGUGGAGUUACACGUACCUGGAUAUCAAUAUUGCGGACCGGGUACAAAUUUGAAAAAACGAAUAGCCCGCGGUGAUCCUGGUACAAACACAUUGGAUUCGUAUUGCAAAGAUCACGAUAUCGCUUAUGAUCGUAGUAACGCGCUCUCCGAUCGCAGAAAAGCAGAUUACAUUUUAGAAAAUAAAGCGUGGCACCGGGUUAAAGCGAGAGAUUCGUCCUUGAGAGAAAAAGCGGUUGCUUGGGGUGUGACCACUGCAAUGAAGUUAAAACGAAAAUUAGGAAGCGGUUGUAUGUUUAAGUCAGCGGUUAAGGCUGCUAAAAACAUACUUAAAAAAAAUAAAGGAGAAAAAGACUUGUUAAAAUUAGCUCGAAAAUGUCUUGUAGCAGCUAAAAAGACUACAAAUACUAAGGGGAAAAAAUCCCCCAGACGCCAAGAAUUAUACCUAUCCCAAAAACGGGAGAUAUGUUACCUCUUAUACCUAUUUUUGCAGGAUUAUCGGCAUUAGGUUCACUGGCAGGUGGAGU